CUCUAGUUUGUAAAGAAUCUGGAGAGCCAGGGCAAUCAAACUGAUCCAUAGUUAGUUGCUUCGAGAAUUAGCUUCCAGCCAUGAGGUUCUCCACUUUAAUGUUUGCGUGGGCUGCGGCAGUGCUGCUCGCCGUGGCCACCUUAUCGGUGGUGGCGGACGCAUCGCCUCCGCCGUCCAAGUUUCUGAAGGUCGGCUUCUACAAGCACACGUGCCCGCAGGCCGAGGACAUCGUGCGCGACGCCGUCCGCCGCGCCGUCGCCCGGAACCCCGGCUUCGCUCCUGGCCUCAUCCGCAUGCAUUUCCACGACUGCUUCGUCAGGGGUUGUGACGGCUCUUUGCUGAUCAACUCGACGCCGGGGAACACCGCGGAGAAGGACUCGGUGGCGAAUAACCCGAGCAUGCGUGGCUUCGAGGUCAUCGACGAGGCCAAGGCAGCCCUAGAGGCGAGCUGCCCGCGCACCGUCUCCUGCGCCGACGUGCUCGCCUUCGCGGCGCGCGACGGGGCAUACCUUGCCGGCGGCAUCAACUACCGUGUCCCAUCUGGUCGCCGUGACGGCCACGUGUCAAUUGCCGACGAGGUGCUCAACAACAAUGUGCCGCCUCCAACUGAUGAGGUCGCGCAGCUCGUGGCCAGCUUCAAGCGCAAGGGACUCUCCGCUGACGACAUGGUCACGCUCUCAGGUGCACACACCAUCGGUCGCUCUCACUGCUCCUCCUUCACGCAGCGUAUCCACAACUUCUCCGGCGAGGUCGGCCGGACCGACCCGUCCAUUGACAAGUCCUAUGCGGCGGAGCUGAGGCGACGGUGCCCUCCAUCAACGGACAACCCGAGCGACCUCACAACGGUGCCGCUGGACCCGAUCACACCGCGGGAGUUCGACAACCAGUACUUCAAGAACGUGCUGGCUCGCAAGGUGCCGCUCACCUCCGACCAAACGCUGCUCACCAGCCCCCGGACUGCCGGCAUCGUCGCGUUCCACGCCUCCGUGGAGAAGGCGUGGCGGGCCAAAUUCGCCGCCGCUAUGGUCAAGAUGGGCAAUGUCGAGGUGCUCACUGGUCACGAGGGGGAGAUCAGAGAGAAGUGCUUUGCCGUCAACCACCGCUAGUCAACCACUCUAAAACCAUUCCUAUGCAUAGCUAAUAUAAAUAUACAUAUGCUUGUGUGUGCGUCAAUCGGAGUGUACUUAUGUUAUUUAUGUAUGUGAUGUCAUUUGUAAACUGAUUUUCUUGUUAGUUGUUUGUGUAUGUCAAAAAGAAUAAUACUACAUGGAAAAAAUAUUCGUUGUGUAUGGGUAAUAAUUUUC